CUCGUGUCGGGCCGCUUUGACCUUCAGCCGCUCACGUUGGAGUCAGCGUCCCUGUUGUUGUUGUUGUUGUGCGCUGCAGCGGCGAGCCGCCGAGUCGGUGAGCCACGUCGCCACGUCGCCCGCUGUCGGGCUGCGAGAGACGGCACCGCUCCGACUCGCGUUACACACCGGACACAUUGAGCUCGUGUUGCAGUUGACUUGUUGGCGAACAUCUCUGUGUAUGUUGGAGCCCUGGAGGAGAUGCUGGUGGCUCUGAGGAAAAGCCUGAGCAAACCAACUGCAGAAAUACUGACUGACUAUUCAAGAAAAGUAGAUUUUCUGAAAGGACUUCUUCAGGCUGAGAAACUGUCUUCACCAAUGGAAAAGGCUCUGGCUAACCAGUUCCUCGCCCCUGGGCGAACACCCACCAUAGCCACUGAGAGGAUGCCUGUCUCAAAAACUGUCCACAUGCAGACGAAGGCCCGGUGUACCGGAGAGAUGAGGGACGAGCUGCUCGGCACGGGACUGGCAGGCAAAGGCACAUCGGAAUCAGACUUGCGAAACAGGAGAGGUCUUCCUCUGGAUGAGCGCCAGUCUGCUGCCGAGCUGGAGGCCGUCCUGCACCACCAGCACAACCUGCAGGAGAAGCUGGCCGAUGACAUGCUCAACCUGGCCCGGAACCUGAAGAACAACACGCUGGCCGCACAGAACAUCAUCAAACAGGACAACCAGACUCUGAGUCAGUCCAUGCGUCAGGCAGACAUGAACUUUGACAAGCUGAAGACGGAGUCCGAGCGCCUGGAGCAGCACACCAAGAAGUCCGUCAACUGGUUGCUGUGGCUGAUGCUCAUCCUGGUCUCCUUCAGCUUCAUCAGCAUGAUCCUCUUCAUCAGAAUCUUCCCCAGACUUCGAUGAUGAUGACCGUCUCCGAUCUCGAACUCUUAGCGCGUCGUCGUCGUCGUCGUCGCCGUCCUGUGUUUACAGAGAAGUAACUACGUAGGCCUCAUAGAUCGGCACAGAGAUGCAGAUCCGUAGCGGAACCAAAACGAUGGAAACAUUUGCACUUUUGAGAAAUCCUCCUCUAAACGAGCUGAUGGGAGUUAAAAAUGUAGUUUGAAGCAUCUGUAUGCCUUUCUUUUUUUUUUUUCUUUCCGGGAACAUAAAUCGAGGUGAAGAGCUUCUUGUUUUUGCGAGCAGCAACAUAAGUCUUAAUAGCCAGAGAGCGGAGGCUGAGCCUUAAUCGUUUAAACCCUACGAGUCAUUCAAUACGCGUCCGCACCAGAGAUCAUCUUUUAUAGAACAUUCUUUUCCCCAAGCAUACAUCUUAAAGAGUUCAUAAACCGUCCGGCAUCUCAUGUAUGUUAGCCACGGUUUCAACACUAUAUUGAGUUAAUUGAAUCUGUAAAUAUUUUGACUUCUUGUGUGCUAAAACGUGACUUUAACUGCCUCUAGUUGGCAUUUAUAAGCACAAUAUAAAUGUUAAUAAAAUGUGUUGUAACACUAUACUGUUGCUAUCAGGAUAUUUUUACGUGUAACAAUUCUGACUUCCAUGAAGACAUGUUAUUAUAUUUACUAUAUUAUUGUUAAUUACCUGUUUAAAGUGCAAUAUAGUGUCAUGAGCCAUUCAUUAAAUGUUUAUAUAAUGCUUGUGAAUGCUAAAUAAGCAAUUUACUAAAAUGUAGUAUUAAUACAAAUUUCGAAACCGAUUCCAAGCAUCAGUUUAAUUUCUCACCUUCAUGUUUUGGAGACAUUCAUCUUGAAGAGGUUCAGAGCUUUGUGCCAUUAGAUGUUAGUUCAUCACUCAUGUCAUCAGUCCUGUUUGUUGUUUAUGAAUCUGAAUGUGUUGGUGGUUUAGUCCAAAAAUGUCCAUCGGGUGGUGAUGUGCGUUGUGUUGCUGAUGAUGAAGUACGAUGUUGUUCUCAUUAAAAUGGCUGUAAGCGCA